AUUCCUAUGUUAUACAUCUACAACUCACAGUUAUGGAUGUGAAUGAUGAAUCGCCAGAAUGGACAAUGGAUCCCUUGCCUCCUCUGGCUGUUGUAUCGCCAUAUGCUGCCGCUGGAACUUAUGUGUACAAACUACAAGCUACUGAUGAAGAUGAAGGAGUGAGUGGAGAAGUGGAGUAUUUCCUACUGGAAGGCGGAGAUGACAGAUUUGCCGUUGAUCGGAGCACAGGCUGGAUUCAGACAACCGGAUUACCUUUGUUGGCGAAUAAGGAAUACCUACUUACUGUACAAGCAGCUGACAUGCUCGGAAAGAAAAGUGCCCCUAUUGUUGUUUCUGUGAUAGCAGGGCUCAGGCCACCACAGUUCAAAAAAGCCUCCUAUUCUGUCAAUAUUCCAGAAAAUGUGUCUCUGGAAAACGUAUUACUGACUGUUUCUGCGCUGUCUCAUCAAAACAAGUCCGUUAGUUAUAGCUUGGUCAGGAACCCAGAUAACUUAUUCAGUGUUCACCAGCUGACUGGAGUGGUGACCCUCAUCCACAGUGUGGAUUACGAGAGAGAGCCCAAGGAAUUCCUGCUUGUUGUCAGAGCAACAGAACACUUGGAGCAACUGAGCAGCACCGCAGAGGUGUAUGUCUUUAUCACCGAUGUAAAUGACUGCAUUCCAGAAUUCCAGCAGACAAUAUACAGCAGAGACAAUGUUGCUGAAAAUGCUGCAGUGAUGACAUCUCUUCUACAAGUGCUUGCAACUGACUGUGACUCUGGAGUAAACGGGGAGAUUUGCUAUUACACCGAAAGCCCUGAUUUCAGCAUCUCUGCACAAGGUAUCAUUAGUCCAGUGAGGGCUUUGGAUUAUGAAAGACCUGGACAUCUGUAUGAGUUUGUAAUCCUGGCAGUAGACAAAGGAGACAAACCAAAUACUGGAACAGCAACCGUCAGGAUUCGCAUCUCCAAUGUGAACGAUGAAGCUCCGGAAUUCUCUCAAACAAUAUACAGAACCUUUGUUUCAGAAGAUGCCAGUCCUAAUACCUUGAUAGCCACCGUGCAUGCAUUCGAUGCAGAUGGAGAUGGGGUUGCUUAUGAUAUUGUAGAAGGAAACAAAGAUGGAAACUUUGUUAUUGACCCCCAGAAAGGACUUAUCCGUCUUCAUUCAAGUCUCCUUCCCAGUCAUCAUGAGACGGAAUAUGUUCUCUAUGUGACUGCAACUGAUGACAAUUCCUCUGGUGGACCUCAUAGCCUUACUAGCACAACCACUGUUAUUGUGAGCGUUGAUGAUAUCAACAAUAACAAGCCAGUCUUUCAUAAGUGUGCAGGCUAUCAAGAUCAUGCAGCUGUCCUGGAAAACCAGCCACCAGGCACUUUUGUGAUACAGGUCGAGGCAAAAGAUGCUGACUAUGGUAUCAAUGGACAAGUAAAGUAUGGCAUGGUACACAAAGAAGGCACCCUUCCUGCAUUCAGCAUCCAUCCAGACACAGGAACUAUAACAACAGUUCAGAGUUUUGACCGUGAGAAGCAGAAGGAAUAUCCUAUCACUAUCAAAGCAACUGACCAGGCGGCAGAACCUCUGAUUGGACUGUGCCAAAUCAAUAUUAUCAUUCUGGAUGAAAAUGACAAUGACCCAAGUUUUGAGAACAACCGCUAUGAAUAUUUCCUGAGAGAAGACACUAGUGUGGGUACAAGUUUUUUGCGAGUAGCUGCACAUGAUGCUGAUUAUGGGGCAAAUGCAUCCAUCACAUACUCUACAGCAGGUGAAGGGCCAAUGAUUUUCAAAGUUAACAGCUCCACAGGAUGGCUUUAUGUCAACCACCCAAUAUCUCGGAGGCCAUUAAUAACACAAGAGGUAAUUGCCACAGAUGGAGGAAACAGGAGCACAAAGGUGGAAGUAGCUGUGCGGGUCACAGAUGCCCAGAAUCAGCCUCCAGUAUGGGAAAAAGACAGAUAUGAGAUAGUGGUGCCAGAAAACACAGUGAGAGAUACAGCUGUUGUGACAGUGAAGGCCACCUCUUUACUUGGAGACCCUCGAGUGACCUACAACUUAGAAGAAGGCUUGGUCCCAGAGAGUAACAUGCCAGUACGCUUCUACCUCACUGUGAACCGGGAGGAAAGCUCUGCCUCUGUGCUGAUAGCUGAACCCUUGGACUAUGAAACAACCAAGAACUUUAUCUUAACUAUACGAGCACAAAAUGUUGCCCCAGUGCCUUUAGCAGCCUUCACUACUGUAUACAUUAAUGUGACAGAUGUCAAUGACAAUGUGCCCUUCUUUACAUCAUCUAUCUACGAAGCCUCUGUCACUGAGGGCCUUGGCCUUGGGACAAUUGUAUUGCAGGUGUCUGCGACUGAUCAGGACCUGGGCUUGAAUGGAGAGAUCACUUAUUCAAUUCUUGAGGAUCGUACUGGAGAUCACGCCCUGUUCCAUAUCGAUCCACAAACAGGCUCUAUCUUCACUGCUUCUGUGUUUGACAGAGAGACAAGUAGUUCAUACCUACUUGAAAUUAAGUCAUCAGAUGGAUUAGAGUCGGCGCGCCCAGGAAGGCAUGGACAACCAAAUUCUGACACUGCCUACGUGCGCAUUUUUAUCAGCGAUGUCAAUGAUAACAAGCCUUCCUUCACUCAGAGCACUUACUAUGUUAAUGUGGAUGAAGAUCAGGAUGUGGGAUACAUAGUCAUUACUGUCACUGCACAUGACCCAGACGAAGGCAUGAAUGCAAAGAUUCGGUAUCAGAUCACAGCUGGGAACUUUGGCGGGGUGCUUGACAUGGACCCAGAUACAGGAUCAAUCUUUAUUUUCCAACCCCUGGACUAUGAAGAGGUGCAGAUGUAUGAACUAACAUUACUGGCAUCAGAUGGCAAAUGGGAAGAUUUUGCCACAGUAACAAUCAAUGUGAUGAAUAAAAACGAUGAGGCUCCUGUUUUCUCUCAUAAUGAGUACCAUGGACAUGUCACUGAAGAACAAUCCAAGUUACCUGUUUUAGUAAUCCAGGUUUCAGCCACAGAUCCAGAUAAUGGUGCUCACGGGAGCUUAAAGUAUUCUCUGCAUGGAAAAGGCGCUAAUAAUAUAUUUACUAUUGAUGAGGAAACAGGCAGUCUCUUUGUCCAAAAGGCUCUUGACCGUGAAGAACAUGGGCUCUGGCGAUUUGUAGUUUUGGCCACUGACGAAGAAGGGGAAGGACUCACUGGGUUUGCUGAUGUGAUCAUAUAUGUAGUGGAUAUAAAUGAUAAUGCCCCUCAGUUCACUUGUGCUCUUAGCAGCUGCAAUGCCAACGUGUAUGAGAAUGUGCCACCAAACACAACCAUUUUGGAGAUGACUGCUGUAGAUGCAGAUGAUAAAAAUGAAGAAAUAAAUGCAAUCUUAACUUACUCUAUACUUAACAACACCAUGAAUUUGUUAAGCGUGAAUAUGUUUGGUAUAAAUGCUAAUACUGGCACAAUUUACACACUCAGAAACCUGGACAGAGAAAAGAAUGAUAAUUAUGUUCUUCUUGUCGAAGUAAAAGAUGGUGGAGGUUUGGCAACAACAGGCACAGCAACAAUCUCAGUUCUAGACAUCAAUGAUCAUGUCCCAAGAUUUACACAAGAGUCAUGGAACAGUGUCAUCUCUGAGAAAAAUGACAUAAACACAAAGGUUCUUGAGGUUUCUGCACACGAUGAAGACAUUGGGGAGAAUGCUCUUUUAACUUUCAGCAUCAUUGAUGGAGAUCCAGAUCAACAAUUCACUAUUGAAAGUGACAGAAUGACAAAUCAAGCAGAAAUAAAGUUAAAAAAAAAGUUGGAUUAUGAGAACCCUCAGGAGCGUUGGUUUAACCUUACAAUAAAAGUUGAAGACCCUGACUUCUCUAGCUUAUCAUUUUGCUUCAUAGAACUACAAGACUGUAAUGACAAUGCUCCUGUCUUUGUGGCCCCAUUUGUUCAGCUGUCGCCUGUGUUAGAGAACAUUACAGUAGGCACUGUUCUUACUCAGGUGAUUGCCUCGGAUGCAGACUCUGGAAUUAAUGGACAGAUUAUAUUCAGUAUCUGGCCCAAUUCAGAUGUUCUUGGAGAAUUUUCUGUUGAUCCGGCUGGUUUUGUAAAAGUAAAAAAAUCCCUUGAUCGGGAAUUACAUUCCCAAUAUCACCUAGUUAUUCUGGCCUCCGAUCAAGGAUUUCCAUCACAAACUGGAAGUGCUACUGUCUCCUUCAGCUUGCUGGAUGUUAAUGAUAAUGGACCAGUAUUUGAUGGAAUAUACACCCCUGUUAUUUGGGAAAACGCAGCAUGGCCUCAGAUUGUUCAUAUGAAUGAAAGCUCAGAUCUGUUGUAUGCUGCCGACCAUGAUACCUUAGAGAAUGGGCCACCCUUCAAGUUUUCAUUUCCAAUUGAAUAUUAUAACUCUACAGACUUCCUCUUGAAUGAUAAUGGGAACAAUACAGCCACUGUUCAUGCUCUAAGGGCCUUUGACAGAGAAAGAGAAAAAGAUUUUUAUCUGCCUAUAAUUAUUACAGAUAGUGGGAAUCCACCAAUGAGUGCUACAAAUACACUUUUAAUAACUAUUGGAGAUGAGAAUGAUAACCCUCAUAGAGGUGGUCACAAAGAUGUGUACAUUAAUAACUAUGGAGCUGGAUGGUCAGCAGUGGAGCUUGGCAAAGUCUAUGCACCGGAUGAAGAUGAUUGGGACAAUAAAACAUAUAAGUCUGUCUCAAAAAUUCCUGUGCAAUUUUGGCUAAACCAAAAUAAUGGAUCACUUGUGAUGUUGGACAAACCUCACCAAGGAACAUAUGAUUUAAAAAUUAAAGUUUCAGAUGGAAUCUGGCCAGAGGUUAUGUCUACUGUAAGGAUUCAUGUGAAAGACAUAACAAGAGAAGCCAUCCUCAAUUCUGUGUCUAUAAGACUAACAAAUAUGACUGCAGAGGAAAUUCUACACAAAGAUGAAUUAGGAUUGAGUACUUAUGAACAGUUGCAAAUGACCUUAGCAGCAGUGGUACCAGCUCAUCCCAGUAAUGUUCAGAUAUUCAGCCUGGCAAAUGCAGAAGGGCAUCAAACAGACGUGAGAUUUGCAGUGCGUGAAUCUUCUACUUUUUACAAACCAGAGGUCUUGCAGAGUGUGCUCUCGGCUCACAGAGGAAAAGUCCAGUCACUGUUGAAGUUAAACACGUCCUCUGUAGAAGUCGAUUUCUGUUUCGCGCAAGACUGUGCAAAUGCUCAAGACUGCAGCUACAGCUCUUCCAGAGACUUCCCAUUCCUUGUGGAUACAGGGAGAAUUUCAUUUGUGUCUGUUACCCAACAUACUAACACAGUGUGUAGAUGUCCAUUAAGGGACAGAGUUCAUCAGUCUUGUUCUUCUGUGCUUCAGAAUCCCUGUCUUAAUGGUGGAACUUGUAGAGAUACCAAUAAUGGCUACAGGUGUCAUUGUUUGCCUCAGUUUCACGGGCCACUUUGCCAGCAGACACAGCGAACCUUUAAUGGAAAUGGCUAUGCUUGGUUUCCUCCCAUCAGGCAUUGCUCUGACAGUCAUCUCUCACUGGAGUUUAUAAGUGAUAAACAUGAUGGACUCUUACUUUACAGUGGACCUAUAUUCAACCAGCCUUCCGGGAAUGAUCACAACUUCAUUGCCAUUGGAGUUUUAAGAAGUGUGCCAACUGUGAUGAUCAGAGAAGGGUCCGGCACACUACAUCUUCAGUUUCCAGCCCCAGUUAAUGUGACUGAUGGGACAUGGCAUCGGAUUGACAUACGAAUAAAGAAAAAGAAUGUCAGUGUCAUUCUAGACCGUUGCAGCUCUUCAGUAAUUCAUGAAAAGGAGGGCGUUGGAAAGGAAUUGUUAAUAGAGGAUCGAUCGGGUUGUGAAGUUAGUGGGCUGAUUGCACAGGAAAUGAGGUUUUGGAAUCCGCAUUCUGUUUUGCAGUUGGGUGGUGUAAAGGAAUCCACACCGCCUUCGUAUCGGCAGCUACCAUACCAGCACUUUAAGGGCUGCCUGCGCAAUGUAUUUCUCAAUAAGCAAAUGUAUGAUCUUGGAGCUUCACUGGAAUCCAUUAAUAGCUUCCCUGGCUGCUCCAUAAAGGACCCAGCUUGUUCUUCAGCAUCGACAUGUGAGGUUCCUCCCAGAUGCAGCAGGGAGCCUGGUUUAACCAGCUGUGACUGUUCACCAAACGGAAGUGGAUAUGAAUGUGAAAAAGAUGGCAAGGAAUAUUAUUUCCAGUUAGGAAGUUCUGUCCAUUACCAGCUUCCUCAUAUGCUUCCCACACAGAGGACAUAUUUCAGUGCUAUGGUGAGAACACGCCACGCCAACAGCAUUAUUCUCAGCUUGACUUCAACAGACAGGACAGAAUACAUCCAACUGCAGAUGAUGGCUGGACUUUUAACAGUUUCCUAUAAUAUUGGUGAUGGCGACCUUAUGGUUCAACUAGCAGAUCAUAAGAUUGACACAGGGGAAUGGAAUGAGGUUACCAUGGAAAGAAUACAGAAUGAGUUCACACUUCGGGCAAAUCAAGGAAACAGACAGAGAGAAAUUACAGAUGCACCUGGGACAUACAAAGAAAUAAAAGUUGAUCCAAACAGCAUCAUUUUGGGCACUACCAGCCCCCAGUUCCUUAGUUUCCAAGGUUGCAUGAAGGAGGCAAGGCUGAAUAACUACAGGCUUCCCAUGGAGAAUCAUACCACCUCUACUGUGACUAUCAUAAAUAUCCAUGGUGUGAAGGAAGGAUGCAUUUCAAAAGCAUGCAAAGAGAACCCAUGUAGCAAAGAUUUUAUCUGCACUGACUUAUGGAUGAUGCACAAAUGCAGCUGCCCUCCAGGCUACUUGCACAUAGAGAAUGCAACCACACAGGGCUGCAUCUACACGGAAUGUGCGAGGACUCCCUGUAAGUAUGGGACUUGUGUUGCACAGUCGCCCACUGACUACCUCUGCCACUGCUCCGAAGGAUAUGCAGGAAGCAAGUGUGACAUAUUACUUCAAACAUCUGAUCCAGGAUUUGGCUUUAGCAUCUUUCUUGCUAUCGGUGUUUGCGUCCUCUGCUUAAUAGCUGUUCUCCUUGGAGUGUUUCUGUGGUCUCGCUGCAAAGUUAAGAGAAAGAAUCAAGGUGUGUAUCAUGUCUCUGCAUAUAAUGAUGAGCUGGAAGACACCAGGCAAAAUAUAUUUCAAUAUAAUGAAGAAGGCGGCGGGGAAGAGGACCAAGAUGCAUUCAACAUGACCGAGCUCCAGCUGUCCCUUCAGAGCAGCCCUGUAAACACUCUCUGCAGGACCAUGAGAACAAUACAUUUAAACAGCCCCUUGAGCUGUGACUAUCAUACGUCUGUCAGCCAGGAGGAGCCGUCACAGCUCCCUCCAUCAAAGCCGAGCUGUUCUUUUACCAGUGGAGAUUUUGGCCAAUAUUUUUACGAUAUAUUUAAGGAUACCACUUACAUUCAGCAGGCUCUGUCCUGUGACAGCUUGAAGGUAUACGACAUGGAAGGAGACGGUUCAGUAGCCAGCAGCCUCAGCACAUUGGCAUCAUCUGGAGUAGACGAAGAUCUUGUGUUUGAGGAUAUAAAUGACUGGGGGCCAAAGUUUGGAAAGCUGAGCAAACUCUACUCCUACACCGAAGAAGAUGAUCUACAGUGAAACAAAGGAUUUUAUAGAACUAUGAGAAAAGUGGGUCUGACAAUCAGCAGCCAGAUGUAUAAGGGGUCAGCAGACUUCUUAUACCACAUGUCAUCAACUGCAAAUAAAACUAUUGCCAACGCCAGUGAAAUCAUUUAGCCAUGAUGGUAAUGAGCCUGAAAGGAAUUCCUUUAAGACACAAGAAAUCCCACUUACAACUUUAUAUCCUCUUGCUUAGAUGGAAUCAUUGUAUCCAUAGUCCCAUAAAAUGUGAAGGUUUUAUUAUAAUGAAAGCGGGCUGUUACCUUGUAUGGUUAUUAACGGAUCUGGUGAUGCCGAUGCACAGGAAUGCUUAGCCAAGGUAACAAUGGGAGUAAAAAGAAAUCAGAUCUAAUAUAAAAGUUCUGGCAAGACUGUGCAAGUGCCAACAUUUCAGCCCAAAGAUCAGAUUAUGAGUUUAGUUGGAGGCCUAAAGAUUGAUGGGAUUUUCUGGAUUGGAAUGGCCAUUCAUAUUUCCUUUUUCACUAAGGAUGGAUGAGAUGAGAUGGCUGUUGGGACUGAGGUCCAGAUGAAGUAUACAGAGGCAGCCGUCUACUACUUGACGUGCAAUGGCCAACACAAACAAAAGCCUAUAACUAAAACACAUUUUAUAGUUUGUACAUAUCCCAGGACUGUGUGGUUGAUCUGAUUAAUAAAGAAAUAAAACCUUUUUGCCCCAGGCUUACAAGAAUUUACACUCCAAUGAACAAACCUUUAUCUCCUGUAUGGAAUUGUCCCAUGAAUAAUGCAUGAUCCUUCCUGAAACAAUGAAAACGUGUUCUUCUCCACUUACCAAUGAGAACCUAUACAUGGUUACCAGAUCAUCUGUGAGGCUGAUAAAAUGCAGUUAAACAGGGCUACCUUAAUAAAGGUAUAAGACUUAUUAUCCAGAAUGCUUGGGACCUGGGGUUUUCCAGAUUUUUUUAGCAUUUAUUGUUUCCAAUAAGGAUGACUUAUAUCUAAGUUUGGAUCAAGUACAAGUUACUGUUUUAUUAUAACAGAGAAAAAAAGAAAUGAUUUGAAAAACUUGAAUUAUUUGAUUAAAAUGGAGUCUAUGGGAGGGAAAUGGCUAUCCUGUACUUCAAAGCUUUCUGGAUAACGGGUUUCCGUAGAACAGAUCCCAUACCCGUAGUAUGAAAAUUAAGAUCAAUUUGCACUGAGUGAGUUGAUUGAACUGGGUUUUAAAAGCCCUCCCUGAAAACUAAGAUGAGCUAGUAACCUUUUUCUAUUGAAUUGUCUCCUACAAAUCCUGUUUGACACCAUGCAGAUCUGGAAAUGAGCGUGAAAUAAAGAUACCUACCCAUGUU